ACCGAGUGUCACGACGAAGGAAGUCGAUCGGGCGUGCGGGCCCGUCGUCGUCGUCUCGUAACGAAGUGAAUCGUGUUCCCACGGUUGGAGAAUCUUCCAAAUCAGUGAACAGGGGAUCAAUCGACCCGUAGACGCCCGUGCGGGCUUCCUCUGUGCAUCGUUCGGCGGACGACAGCCCGAGAUAUGUCGUCGAGUUGUUUCGCCCCCGAUCCCAUUCGACCACCGAUCGACCUCAGCGAGCAGUCCGAUACAGUCAAGGGUACCGACCUGAUCCGAGUGUCGAGGUUUUAUAAGGACAGCAAGGAGGGAAAGUUCGUCAGCAACAUCCACGAGGACACUAGGACCCUGUACGAUGGCUUCCGGAAAGGCGCCAAAGAGUCCAACAAUGGCCCUUGUCUCGGCUGGCGGGACGGACCCAACAAACCGUACCAGUGGCUCCAUUACAACGAGACCCUGCUCAGGGCGAAGAAUUUCGGGUCAGGCCUAGUGUCCAUGGGCCUAUCACCAGGUUCACACACACUGAUCGGUUUGUACAGCCAAAACUGUCCCGAAUGGAUCCUCACCGAGCAGGCCUGCUACACGUAUUCCCUCGUGGUGGUGCCCCUCUACGACACCCUGGGCCCAGAUGCCUGCGCCUUUAUCAUCAAUCAGGCCGAAAUCAACCUGGUCGUCUGUGAGAAUGACAAGAAGUGCAAUUUGCUGCUUGAUAAAGCGCCCAGAUGUCUAAGGAAGCUGGUGGUAGUGAAGGAGGUGCGUCAAGCAACGCACCAGAGGGCGAAGAAUCGUGGCGUUGAGGUGGUUAGGUUCGAGGACGUCGAGCGUCUCGGCGCCCAGAAGAGUCAUCCAGAAGUGGCGCCCAAGGUGACCGAUCUGUGCACGGUGUGCUACACAUCCGGGACCACCGGCAACCCAAAAGGUGUGAUGUUGACCCACCAAAACGUAAUGGCGGGCGUGUGCGCGGUUCUGCUGCAGCUGGGCGAGCAUAAACCCUCGUACAAGGACACGAUGAUCAGUUUCUUGCCUCUGGCACACAUGUUGGAACGGUGCUGCGAGAACGCUAUGUACAUGGUGGGCGGGUCCGUGGGCUUUUACAGCGGUGACAUCAAAACGUUAGCCGAGGAUAUGAGAGCCUUGAGGCCUACCGUGAUGCCAGCGGUCCCGAGGCUCUUGAAUCGAAUGUACGACAAGGUCCAAGCGGAACUUCAAAGCUCGUGUUUCAAAAAGUUGGUGUUCAGUAUGGGCAUGCGGGCGAAGGAGGGGGAGAUCAAGAAAGGCAUCAUACGGAACAACAGUGUUUGGGACAAGCUCGCCUUUGGCAAGAUCAAAGAGUCGACAGGUGGACGGUUAAGACUGAUGGUCGUGGGUUCUGCGCCCCUUGCCGGAAAUGUGCUCACAUUCGCGAGGUGUGCCCUUGGCUGCUUGAUCGUCGAGGGGUACGGUCAGACGGAGUGUUGUGCGCCGAUUACUCUUACGAUUCAGGGCGAUCAUGUACCGGAACACGUGGGACCACCGGUUGCUUGUUGUUGCGUCAAAUUAGUGGAUGUCCCGGAAAUGGAAUACUACGCCAGGAAGAGCCAAGGUGAAGUAUGCGUGAAGGGUACUAACGUGUUCGUCGGGUACUUCAAGGAUCCCGAAAAAACUGCUGAGGUUAUCGACGAGUUCGGAUGGCAUCAUACGGGGGACAUCGGCAUGUGGUUGCCUAACGGAACGCUCAAAAUAAUCGACAGAAAGAAGCAUAUCUUUAAGUUAUCGCAAGGAGAAUACAUAGUUCCAGAAAAAAUUGAGAAUAUUUAUUUACGCAGUCAAUAUGUACACCAAGUAUUCGUCCACGGGGAAUCCCUAAAGUCUUGCGUCGUAGGAAUCGUGAUACCGGAUGUAGACGUUGUAAAGUGUUGGGCGGUGGAAAACGGUAUACCGGGAACACUAAGCGUGUUGUGCAAUAAUCCGCAGGUGAAACAAUUAAUUUUGGAUGACAUGCUUGCGUGGGGAAAGGAAGCUGGCCUUAAAUCCUUCGAACAGGUCAAAGAUAUAUAUUUACAUCCGGACCCGUUCUCCGUUCAAAAUGGCCUCCUGACGCCGACAUUGAAAACAAAACGGCCCCAGUUGAAAGACUAUUUCAAACCACAAAUCGAGGAUCUCUACCGACAUUUGGACUGACCAGACUGAACAUUCAUUUCGAUUUGUUUUCAUUAGCAUUGGGAGCAGCAAAGACAGGAAGGAUCGAAAUAUGCCUUUGUGUCUCGUCCGCACAGACGUCACUUCCGUCAUCGAAUACGUUCGUUAUUCCGCGUAACUUUUAUUAUGUCAUUUUCACGAUUACAUAGCGACGCAAGAGAAAAGGGAAAGCACCGUUUUAGGCUAUUAAGGUAAUUGACAAUAUUAUAAGUAAUAAAAUGAGUUAUUAUUAGGCGCGUCUGAUUUUCUCUUAACUACAAUCAUCCUUCGAUACUUUUCACAGCUAGCUACAAUCUUCUCUGACCCUUAUCCUCAUAUUUUGAUACAAAUUAUUGCCUAACUAGAGAUUUGUAUUUUUAUUAAUAGCAAUAAUUUAGCCAGACUCUGGACUUAGUACAAACUAGGAUACUCGAACGUUGAUCGCCGAAGCAAACCCGCACUUUGUCAAUUUGCAAAGUUUACGUAAUAAAUAAAACCAUGUGAAGAUGAUUCCAAAUGUUUACAAACCCCCGAAACGUUUGCUGAUAUCAUUAGAACUGGACAAGAAACAUUUUUUAUUACUAACAACAAUACAUUACAACUAUUUCCUCCUUUUUAGCGAUUGUACAAUUGUGAAUCAAUUUGAAGCGUGGGUUGGUACGAAACUGGUAUAAAACUCAUAUGAAAAUAACAGUAAAAAGUCAAAUGCACACACCGUUUCAAAUACGAAGUU